GGCCAUCCAAACGUCAACACAAUAACACAAUUUUUUGUUUGUUUCCGUGGACGUUCCUCGGCACUGUCCACAAUCGAUAAAGGAAAAAGGAUAAUUUAGCUAGUUUUGGUGCAUUUUUUCGUUCUGACCUGUCCGUAGUCAGGUCGCUGAAAUGGCAUCCUCGUCGAACGGUAGCGGUAAUUUAGUGGAUGAGCUCGAGGAAGCAUUUCAGUCUUGUAUACAUGCCCUCACCAAGGAAGAAUCGGCUACCGGUAUCGACAAGGAUGAAAUUAAGGUGGAGGUCGAUCAAACCACACUCAAGUUCAUCGACCUGGCCCGCCAGAUGGAAGCAUUCUUUCUGCAAAAGCGAUUCCUGCUGUCCGCCCUCAAACCGGACCUACUGCUGAAGGAGGAAAACUUUGACCUGAAGCAAGAGAUAGGCCGCAAGGAUGAGCUGAUACGCAAGCAUUACGAAAAGAUCGAAUCCUGGAAACAGUUGCUGUCGGAUCAGCAAAAUUUCAACAAACCGAUACAAUCGAUGCCACCGGAUAUGCGUGGCAAUCUGGCGGGUGGUGCACCGGGUGCCCCGGCCGCGCUGAUGGCUAGCGGUGGCAUGAAUCUGCCAAUGCAGGUCAGCAAAACACUGCAAAACCAACACCAACAGCAGAUGCAACAAAUGCAGGUGCAACAACAGCAGCAGCAACAGAUGCAGCAGCAAAUGCAACAAUCCAUGCCGAUGGGUGCAUCGAACGCGCAGCUGUUCCAGCAGGGUGGGAUGCCGCGCGGUGUAGGACCGGCGGGGUCGGGUGCCGGAUUUCCGCCCGGUGCCGGCCCGAACCUGCAGGGCCCGUUAGCGUACCUGGAGAAAACGGCUAGCAAUAUAGAUCUAGUGGGCCUUGGCGAUGGUCGAAGGUGACGCGGGCGGGGCAGGGGACGCGGUAGAGGUCGGGGCCGAGGAAGAGGUCGUGGACGCGGCAGUGUGGCCGAGUUCCACAGUGGCCCACUAACCUGAGGCUGGGGCAUGGGCGGGAUGGAACAGCGGGAGGGCAUUGUUUGCCAACCCGGCCCGGACAACAUCCUCCAUCCAACCAUGUCCCCCCUCGCCAGAGCUCGCGUAUUUCUUCGUCUACCGGUUGUGGUGCAUGGUUAGGGGCCCUCGGCCGUCAAUCAACCGUGGGCGAUAACACUGUUAGGAAAGAAGUUUAGGCAACAAGGAAGGCAACACAGGCAACAGUACAGCAGCAUCGUGCAGCGAAACAUGGUUCCCCCUCUACAACAGAAAUGAUCCAAAACCUUGGACCGCGCGACGGUGCGGCCACAAAAUGCAAAUCCUCCCACUCUGGCGUGGCACCACACACUCACUCACUCACCAGCACAUGCACGUUUGGCGCACACAUCUAGAAAUUUCUCUUUGACCACUUACGCCAAAAUUGACCCCCUAUUUGUUAUCUCCAUCGCAUCCCCCAGCAUCCCCAAAACUUUGAGCGUGUAAUGUAAUGUAAUGUGUACAAAGCAAACUUACACACAUACAAACCGUGCGGCGGUCCCCCGGCGCUCUGCGGCGACGCCACAGAGGACCGCCCACGAGCUACUUUCUUCUCUUUUUUGUUUGUGUAAAACCAUAUUGUAUAGCAAAAAAAUUGUCUACUAUCAGCGAUCGGUGCAAAUCGAUGCCUUGGCAUUAGCGAUCGUGUGUAAAAUGUGUGCUCGCUUUCACUCACACUCCUCUCAAUUACUCUCGAUCCCCAACAUUGGUAAUCGAUCAAAGGCGGCUACGCGCUUGUUUGAAAAUAAGACCACGAAUCACGUUCUCUUCUGUUCCGCUGUUGCGGGAAACAGCGAUACUUCCCUUCUUUAUUCCAUAGUUUUCCCAUUCCCCCAAACUGUUUGUUCGAGUCUUUAGGAACGAACGCUUCCCAGAUCGCUAAAAUUGCGCGCUGCGAAUGACAAAGUAGAACCACCGUUUUCACUGCUUCCGAACCUAGAGGCGGUACACGAGCAGACAGAAAAGUGGACAACAAGCCAAUAUCGUAAUAAAGAAUCGGAAAUAAUGUACGGAAAA